AUAAAUGUUGCAUUUUUAAAAAAACGAAAUAUUUGUGGGUUAUCCUUUUGCGACAUUUAAAUUUGUUUUUAAACAAAAUUGAAAAUGAAUAAUUCUCCUUGUGGAAUUGCUUUUUUGAUUGCCAUUUUCUCUUUUGCAGUUGUGGCUUUACCUUAUCAAGGAGAAAUGGAUGAAAAUAAGAGAAUAACCAACAACAUUGCCUACAUGUUUUUUCGAACUAUUCCUCUCUCGAUGAUGUUCAAGGAGAUUGAAUUUAAAAUUUUUGAGGCAAAUAAUUUAUUUCAGGAUAUGAAAAUGAAUGAGAAUUUACGAAAUGAUAAGAAAAUGCAGUCACUACUAGAUUAUUUUAAAGGAAAUAAUUUUGAAGAUAUCUCUCAAUUGAAAAGAUUUGAUCUUAAAAUUUUAAAAAAUGCAGAAUACUUAAUAUGGAAGAAGUACAUUGACAAAAUAUUAAUUCAAUUGACGAAAAAUGAUGCAGACUUAGCCUAUUAUUUCAUUAUGUUUGAAUUUGUUUCCAUACUGGAUAAUAAUUUAUUAAAACUCGAUCACUGUUCGACAGAAAUCCAGAAAAACGCUUCACAUUACGCAAAUGCAUUAUAUGCUAUUGACAGAUUUAGUAGAAAUUUAAAUUAUACGUUCUUUAUUGAAAACGGGCAUCUUGAGGUAAGUAAAAUGGUAUAAAAAGAAUAUUUUUCCUGAGUUCAAAAUAUCUGCGCAUGUGUUUGGUGCUAUUGGUUUAAUAUCUAGUGCCGCACUAUUUGCUUUGUCAUCGAUAACAAGGAUGAUAGGUUUGGCGAACUUAUGGAAUUAAUAAGGCCUAAAUAGAGAAUGCACUGUAAUGAUAAAGUAUGUCUGUAAUCAUAUUAAAAGUGGAAUAAAUUUCUUAUUCAGCAAAAA